ACUAACUUAUCCGAAUUUUCGUUUUGUAGGGGUUGUGAAACAAAUAUCGGACAUUGCAUUGAAAAUUUUUCCACUUUUAAAAUUUGAAAGAGCUUGUGAACAGUUGCUGAACAUAAUAUUUCCUCACCUAGAGAAGAACCCUCUAUUUAAAUGUGAAAAACAUAAACGUUUAGUAUGUAAAUUUGUUGUAACAACAACUGUAAAACCUGUUUUGGACAACAUAUGUCUUGAAACCACAGAUUGAUUAGUCAGUGGUCAAGACAAAACUGUUGCAGCACAAACCAGUCAGCAAAAAGGUUCUAAAGUUGUAAUUUUCUUUUUGUUAUUAUUUAGUGCAUAGGUAUUCAGGUAUAUCUACUUACAUUAAUAUGAUUAGAAUUUUCCAUUGCUAUUUUUAUUUAUUCCAUUUGAUAUAAUAAAAUUAGUUCUGUUAUAAACAUUCCUGAUCUGAAUUUAUUUGACGUUAUUAAAUUACAAAUUGUCAAAAUUUAAUGACAACUCGAUCGGGGUUGUAUUUUUUUAACAUUUCCAUUGUCAGAUGGCACCACUUUAGAGAACUUUUCAAUUGUUUGGAUAGCCAAUUUGUAAAUGCCGAUUGGAACGGCCAUAUCUCUUUAGAGAUUAAUGGAGUCGGCCAUGGUUAAAUCACGGUUAAAUCCAUAGGUUAAAUCACGAGUUAAAUCUUUCUAUGGUUAAAUUUGUUGACAGGCGACAGAUAUUAUAGUGGUAAUUCGUUUCGAAUCAAAUUUUCGCGUACAAAACUUUUGGUAAGAAAAGGGGUAGAAAUGGAAAGAAACGAAAACCACUCAGAGGGAGAUGCGCGGAGGGUUGAUUUAGAGAAGGGUGGUAAUCAGCUAAGUCGACAUGGAUGGCAGCAACAACAGGAGCAGCGGGUGGCAAGUGGCGGAGUGGCCAGCUAGCCAACUCCAACAAACGAGUUCCCGAAGUCCGCGACGAGACGUGGCAGAGCACGGCGAACAGCCGAACUGGAAGCAGAUCGCCUUAUCGCUAGAACAACUGCUAGCCGCAACAACCCGCCCUUAUUUUUCAGGGAGCUCGCCAAAGAGAGCGUUAGAAUUUCUGAACGAAUUCGAAGAGUUCUUCAAGGAGAGCUACAUCCGGUCCCCGGAUAAGCUGAAGGAGGUCCUGUGGUGCCUCAAGAGAAGUGCGAAAGAAUGGGCCACGGCCAAUAGGUGGAAGUGGCAGAAUUUCGACGAUUUCCGUAGCGAUUUCGUCGAGUUCUUCUGGCCGCUACAUCGCCGAUGGGCCGAGGCAGAGAAAAUUCAGAACACGCCAUACGACCGAACCAUGAUGGGUGGAUGGUAGAUUUCUUCAUCAGGGGCUACGGUGCUCUGCACUCCCUGUUGCUUUCACUCUCCGAGAAGGAAAUCCUGUCUAGCAUGAUGAAGCUGUUCGGGGAGCUGAUCUGGGAAGUGUGGUGCAAGUUGCUACCACGGGAGAAAACGUUUUUCCGUGCUCAAGAGUUUCUGCUGAGUUUUGGGCCGACUUCCCUUCCACGACGAAGAAGUCGUGAUGCUUCCCCUCCACGACGAAGACGUCGUGAUGAUUCCCCGCCACGACGAAGGCGUCGUGAAGUCUCCCCUCCACGACAAAGGCGUCGUGAUGCUUCGCCCACACAGCACAGGCGUCGAGACGCUUCCCCACGACGAGCCGCAACCCCCACGGUAUCGUCGAUGGCGCCUUUCGACCCGUUUUCCCUGCCGCCACCCAACGUUCUGGGAAACGCCAGGAGGAUGUGUUAACCGGGCAGAGAUGUCUUCCCUCCACGGCGAGGCCCCAACAUUUCCCAUUGUUUAAUUUCGUGCCGAACUUCAAGGGAAAAGUCAUCUUCGAGAGUAUGUGAACUUCGCGUUCCGACUUUCUAAAAUGGCGACGCUCCCGGAUGACGCCGUGGCCGUUAAUUUACGUACUACUCUUUCAACACAUUUUCAAUCCGUUGUAGUAGGGCUUUUCAGGGAAUUACCUUAGUUAGGGCAAUUUCAUUUAGCAAAUGUUAUGCGAAAAGUUUUUGGAUGGCAAUUUUCGAGUUAUUAUUUGCGUUGCAUAAUUUUCACCACGUGUGAGUAAAGUAAAUUCAAACGUAAUAACAAAAUAACUCCGAGAACGGCAUUAGUAAAAUUAAUAAUAUCGCGGUUGGGGUAAGCUGGGGUCAGUUCAUGAUAUAAAUCUCAUCUAAGUUUCUUGUUGUUUAAAAUCAUUGAUAAAACAUGAAUAAUUUCAUCUUAUUUCAUUUUCUUUGUUGAUGGAGGGUGGCCUGAUUAAAUUCUGUUUGUUGCUUUGUCUGGAAUCCAAAUACAGUAGAGCUCUGUUAUAACGUCCUUCACAUAAAACGAACUCCUGCUUUUAACGAACGGAUUUUUUGGUCCCGUCUAAAGACCCAUAUAAACAAUGCAUUUUUUAAUCGCAUACAACGAACAUCGGUUUUAACGAACACCUGUUUAUAACGUACGAAAAUCAAUAACUAUACUGCUUAUAACGAACUGUUGAACAUAAGAUCGGCUUUAAACUUCUUAGAAACAAUUCCAGACGGAACACAACAACAUCCGGAAUGCAGCAGUCAGUUGUGUUUUAACUUCGUUAAGACAAUGGGGCUUAAUAACAGAAAAAGACUUUCGUUAACUUUGUCUACAAAAAUAGAUAUAAUCGAAAAACCAGAAAGAGGUACCUUUAAUGUUGACCUCUGCAAAGAAUUUCACCUAUCCAAAUCCUCUGUGUGAACAACAUGGGGACAACGAGAAAAGAUCCGAUCUGCAAACUCUAGUAAGAAUUUGAAAAAAACUUAAGCGGCUUUGUGAUCCGGUGAGGAAAGACAUAGAUGGUGCUCUUCUAAAAUAGUUUAGCCAGCAAAGAGCUUAUAAUGUUCCAGUAAGUGGAGAAGUUCUUCGGCAGAAAGCAGAAGACCUUGCAAAAGUAGUUGACAAUUCACUAGGUGAGAAGAUUUUCAGAACGGACUACAGUUGUUACAAAUAGGAUGUAAAAAACACUACUUAUCAGAGUUAAG